AUGAAAAUCCCUUCAUCCCUCACAAUGUCAUCCAGAGGUGGAGUUCCUCCCAACAUCAGUGUCUCAGUACUACAUGAAUUACUCAACUCUUCCUCACCCUCUCCCUCCACCACCACCACUCCACCUCCAUCUUGCAGCAUAGACGAAUCCUACAAGUACAUCUUCCUCCCCAUCUGUUAUUCAUUCACGUUCCUCUUCAGCAUCUCCCUGAACUCCAUCAUCCUCUACCGUUCCUUCCGCCGGACCAAGCGCUGGAAUGCGUCAUUGAUCUACAUGGUGAACCUCGCCUCUACAGACUUCAUGUAUGGCCUGUCACUGCCAUUCCUUGUGGCUAGUUACAUCAUGCGUGACCGCUGGGUCUUUGGGGACUUCAUGUGCCGCCUGGUCCGUUUUCUCUUCUACUUUAACCUGUACUGCUCCAUCUUCUUCCUCACUUGUAUCUCUGUCCACAGGUACUUCGGUAUCUGCCACCCGAUGAAAGUAAUCACACUAGAGACCAAGAAGGCUGUCAAGUGCACUUGUGUCGUGGUUUGGAUCGUAGUGUUUGCUUUGACCUGCCCUAUCUUCCGAUUUGCUCAGACUGGUCAUGUGACAAGAUCGGGAGGGCUUAGCGCCAAUGCAAGCAGUUUAGACAACCCAAGCCACGAGGUAUCAUCGAUAAAUGGCAAUGCCAGCUAUGGUAACACAGAAGGGGUCAUUGAGGAGUACCAGAACUGUUGGGACGAUGCCAUAGAUAAGGAGUUUCCUGAUUACGUACCCUAUGGCAUCAUACUCCAUUUGCUGGGCUUUUUUCUGCCUUUUUCCAUAAUUGCUUGGUGUUACUCUCACGUUGUCCUGACCAUAUUUAGGACUCUGCAUUCUCAGCCCUCAUCCCGCAGAGGUCGGAGAGAGGGAGGACAUGAAGGACUAGAGAGAAGAGAGAGAAGAAGCCCUGCAAUAGUUGCAAGAGGAAGAAGAGGAAGCAAUGGACUGUCGCGGACAUUUGGAAGAGAGGACGGGACUUCCAUUUUCCUUGGUGCCCACUCGCCUUAUGCCAAUCGCAGACGGAAAUCUAUCAAGACCAUCAUCACCAUCACCCUUCUCUUUGCUCUAUGUUUCUUCCCCUUUCAUGUAACUAGAACCAUCUUCCUCCUACUGAAAGUGACUAAGGGAGUUCCCUGUCACACUAUGACCAUGGUCUCCAUGUGCUAUAAAAUCACGAGGCCUUUGGCGUCAUUCAACGCAUGGCUUAACGCCCUCCUUUACUUCCUGACUAAAGACAAGGGGGGAGCUCACUGCUGCCACACGGUGAACACCAACACCCAUCAACAUGGUGGGCUUCUAUUGCCACUGAGGAUGAUGGGAAAAGGAGAGGACGCAGAGGAGGGCGGGCUGGAAGACAAAAUUGACAAUAAGGGGAAUAAAGCAUUUCACAACAGUCCAUCAUACAUGAGCAGAGCAAAAAUCAGAUAUAUACUUGAAUGA